GUUCAUAGCACCUCGAACGGAAUCCCGGGCCUCUGUUCCUGGCCGCUGUUGAAUAUUUACGAACCCUCAAAAGUAUCUCGACGAGAUGGGUUACUGGGAAGAUCCAUCCAACAUGGGUGGGAGCAGCUUUGAAUCAACGAACCCAUUCGGUAACUAUACCGUAGUCGACAGGGUUCCUCGAGAGCUCUUGAGUUAUGUUGAUGACCACUGGUACCAAUAUCCUCCCAUGAACCCUCUUUGGUAUAGUUUGGUUGGCGUAUGGAUGUUCGUCAUGGGUACUCUCGCAGUAUCUGGCAACUUCGUCGUCAUCUGGGUCUUCAUGUGCACCAAGUCUCUGAGAACACCUUCAAAUUUGUAUGUAGUGAGCCUGGCAUUCUCUGACUUUUUCAUGAUGGCAUGCAUGUGUCCACCAAUUUUGGUAAACUGUUACUACCAGAUGUGGUCAUUCAGUAGUCUCUUCUGCCAAAUCUACGCUGCUAUAGGUUCCAUUUGUGGAACUGCCUCCAUCUGGGCCAUGGUACUUAUUACUUUUGAUCGAUACAACGUUAUUGUGAAAGGCAUUGGAGGAACACCUUUGACUACCAAUCGAGCUUUGUUGAACAUUCUUUUCAUCUGGAUUCAGACUCUUUUCUGGUGCAUUCUUCCAUUCUUCGGAUACUGCAGAUAUGUUCCUGAAGGUAACAUGACAGCCUGUGGUACAGACUACCUCACUGAUGAUCUUUGGUACCACCUUUACCUCUGGCUCUACACUAUCGAUUGUUACCUCCUCCCUCUGUUCAUGAUCAUUUACUGCUAUGCAUUCAUUCUGAAGGCUGUUGCCACUCACGAGAAACAGAUGCGUGAUCAGGCUAAGAAGAUGGGAGUCAAGUCACUGAGAAAUGACCCAGAGGCCAAAAAGACAUCCAACGAAUGCCGCCUUGCUAAGGUUGCCCUCACAACAGUCUCCCUUUGGUUCAUUGCAUGGACCCCCUAUUGCAUUAUCAACGUUGCUGGCAUGCACUACAAGUCUAUCGUUACUCCUCUCUUCUCCAUCUGGGGUUCUGUGUUCGCCAAGGCCAAUUCUGUCUACAACCCUAUUGUUUAUGCCAUCAGCCAUCCCAAGUACCGCGCUGCUAUGGAGAAGAAACUGCCAUGCCUAUCUUGUACAACCGAGAGGGAUGAGGAUUCCUCGGCCGUUUCUGAGACUACUUCAGCCAAUGAAAAGUGCUAAACACUCUUGAGGACCAGUUGACGACCGUUGCGAAUCGUAAUUGGAUGACGAUCUAAUUGCGAAGCGCAACUAGGUGAUGAGCGAACUGCAAAACGCACGUACGUGUCGAUCCAAACGAGAUACUUCUCCGAUAUUGUUCGAAACAGUAACUUUAUUGUUCGAAACAGUAACUUUAAUAGACUAUCUGCAUCGA